AGAGAAAUUUAUAAAAUUCCACCUGAAGAAUUAAACAGUCUUUUAUGUCAGUACUUUUUCUCUGUGAGAAAAACUGAUGGAGAAGAGUAUGAGCCAUCCUCACUACGUGGAAUGAUGUGUUCAUUUGAUAGAAUACUGAGGAGCAAUGAUUAUGGCUAUGAAUUAAGUAAAAGUGUAGAAUUUGCUAAAACCAGAGAUGUUCUUACGGCAAAACAGAUAGCGUUAAAAAAAAUGGGUAAAGGAAAUGGUGAUAAAAGAGCUGAAACACUCACUGAUGAUGACAUUGAAGCAAUGUUUAAAACUGGGCAGCUGGGCUUGUCCAAUCUUACAACUCUAUUGCACACUCUCUGGUUUUUUAACACAAUAUAUUUUGGCCUACGUGGUGUAACUGAACAUUAUCAGAUGACAUGGGGGGAUGUCCAACUAUGUUAAGACUCUAAAAGUCAGGAAUACUUGCAAAUGAACGAGAGAAAUACUAAAACAAGAACUGGAGCAAAUCUGAAAAACACAAGAGAAAUUCCUCAAAGGGCCUGGGCCACAACUGAUCAAACAAAAUGUCCUGUAGCUGCAUACAAGCUUUACAAGUCAAAAAGACCUACAAAAUAUAGUAAGCCUGAAGAUCCCUUCUACAUUCAGGAGAACAACAACCCUGACAAGUCAGCCCUUUGGUUUAAGGCACAAAGAAUUGGUAUCAAUAAAUUAGGAAAAUUCAUGAAGAAAAUGGCUUUAAAUACAGGUAUUAUUAAAGAACACAAUCAAAAUGAUGAGAACCAACCUCUAGAUGACAAUACAAACAGGCGCCUAACCAACCAUUCAGCUAGAAGGUUUAUGCUUCAGAAGCUUGACGAUGAGGGAAUUGAACAUAAUCAUAUCAAACAGAUAUCUGGACACAAAAACAUACAGAGUAUCACCACUUACUCAAAACUGAACCCUCAGAAACAUAAACAGAUAGCCCAAUGCAUCUUAGGUAACCAGGAUCAUGAGGCUGAAAAUGAACAACAAAUACAGUCUUCACAGACAACGAGGACGGUUACGAUGGGACGUCAAUGCAUCUUAGGUAACCAGGAUGAAAAUGAGCAACAAAUACAGUCUUCGCAGACAACGAGGACGGUUACGAUGGGACGUCAAGCAGUUCAUCAAACAGAGACACAACUCGUGGUUGGGCAAAGCCAAAGUCACGAUGCACCGCGUUCAGGAAUGAACUAUAUCUUUGGGGCACCUAUUUAUGGAGGGACAUUUAAUAUCAAUAUUAACAAUACAUCACCAUCAGUUCAGCCUCCUCAGAAGAAACGCCGAUUUGUUAUCGAGAGUGACAGUUCACAAGAUGAAUAAACUACUGUGGUCAGCCGUUUUGAACUUCAUUCAUUCUCCUCGUGUUUAUUUCAGUGAGCGGUGAACUUCAUUUGACGCGAAAAAAGUU